CAUAAUUUUUUAAAAAGGAACACAGCUAAACUUUCUUAAUACCACUUACCUUUUUAAAAGUCAGAGUGGCAGGUAGUAAGUGGGAGAGAAGAAUGUUUCUGUCUCUUCCUACGUUGACUGUCCUUAUACCAUUGGUCUCUCUAGCGGGACUGUUCUACUCAGCCUCCGUGGAAGAAAACUUCCCACAGGGCUGCACUAGCACAACCAGCCUGUGCUUUUACAGUCUGCUCCUGCCCAUUACCAUACCUGUUUAUGUGUUCUUCCACCUUUGGACUUGGAUGGGUAUUAAACUCUUCAGGCAUAAUUAAUACAACCAGAGCCAAGAUGAUACAUAUAUUCAUGAUAUGUCGUGAGUGUCUAUCUCUGAAAGUUCAGCUACAUGGAAAUACUGGAAACCCACUUAAAUUGCAGGAAAGGUGCUUUGCCUUGCUUCUCUCAGAGCUUUAGGACUAUGGGAGGCUUAAGCUGCAGGAGUUUCUUUUAUACUUUUGUUCUGCCCUUGUUUUUUGAAAAUUCUAAUGUAUAACUGCUGUACCAGAAGAAACACUUCAACACAGUUUUUUGGAAAUUAAUAGUCCUAACCAUCACCUGAUGACUUUCUUACCCCAUUCAUCUAAAAAUAAUUAAAAUUUUAUAUAUUUAUUUUAGAUUCAAAGUAUUUGGCAGAGUCACAUGUUAAGGAUGACUGAAAUAAUUCCAGAGGAGUUGUGUUGGAGCAGUUGUAGAGAAAUAUAUUUGAGCUAGUAUGCUAGAAUACAAUAAAAUGGGAAUUUUGUGUA